AUGUGGUACCUCGCGAGACUCGGAGCCUACCUCCUGGUCCCCUUUGCGGUUGUUUGGUUUUUACAGCGAAUGCUGACGGCCAGCCUCCAUUCACAAAGUGAGAAGCGCCUCGGUUGUCAGCGUGCACCGGUCAGAAUCAACAAACGUCUAGGUGGCAUCGACCAUAUUGCAAGGCUGCUUCGUGCAGACCGGAAAGGCCAGGUUCCGACCGAGUAUCUGAAGAUCUACAAAGAGCAGAAAGAUCAUACCUACGAGCAGACCAUUUUGGGCACCAAACAGAUCAUGACAAUCGAUCCUCUCAACAUCCAGGCUAUUCUCGCCAUCCAGUUCCAUGACUUCGAAAUUGGGUCAAUUCGGCGAGACAAUUUUGCACCUUUGUUAGGUGGCGGCAUCUUUACUGCAGACGGCAAGUUUUGGGAACAUUCUCGAGCGCUUCUUCGACCGCAAUUUGCUCGUGCGCAGGUCGCAGACCUUGAGCUCGAAGAAACCCAUUUCAAGCUUAUGAUGCAGUCGUUGAGAACAGACUCCUCAGGAUGGACCCCAGUUGUCGACAUGAAGCCUCUUUUUUUCCGCUUCACAAUUGACACCGCCACUGAGUUCCUUUUUGGUACCAGUGUUCACUCCCAGACCCAGACUAGUUCUGGUACGGGAGGCUCGGAUUUGCGCUCCAUUGUUGACGCGUUUGAUCGCUGUACGGCUGUCCUGGGAAUCCGCACCCGAUUAUCCGGACUCUACUGGCUGUACAAUCCCAAAGGCUUCCAAGAGGACGUCCUUGAAAUUCACAAAUUUGUGGACCGCUUUGUCCGUGAUGCUUUGCAACGCAAGGACACCCAGGACACUAGAGAGAACGCUAGAGACACAUAUGUCUUCUUAUACGAGCUCGUCGAGUCCAUGACCGACCCUAUUCAGGUUCGAAACCAGCUCUUGCACUUGCUACUUGCUGGCAGAGACACUACAGCCGGCUUACUGGGCUGGGCAUUCUGGAAUCUGUCCCGUAAUCCCAAGGUUUACCGGAAACUGCGAGAGACGAUUAUUACUACCUUUGGCACCUACAAGCAACCCCGAGAUAUCUCUUUUGAGAGUUUGAAAUCUUGCGUCUAUCUCCAGCAUACACUAAAAGAAACACUGCGCCUUUUCCCCCCAGUGCCCCUCAACACACGCCAAGCUGCUCGCGAUACAACACUACCCAAAGGAGGUGGCGCAGACGGCCUCAGUCCCGUUUUUGUCAAGAAAGGCACGGAACUCGGCUACUCUGUAUAUGCAAUGCAUCGUAGAAAGGACAUUUGGGGUGACGACGCGGAAACAUUCAACCCCGAUCGUUGGGCUGACAGGAAACCCGGAUGGGACUACCUUCCCUUCAAUGGUGGCCCUCGUAUCUGCCUGGGACAGCAGUUCGCACUGACUGAGGCGGGGUAUGUCUUGACAAGACUAUUGCAACGGUUCGAUCAAGUUGAGAACUGUGAUCCUGAAACGCAGCCCAUUCACUCUUACAAUCUCACCAGCGCUCCAAAGCAGGUUCCUCCCAUACUGGUGCAGUUUGACUUGGCGGUUGGAGGUCUUCCUGAUUAG